AGAGAUAACUCUGAUAACCAGUAAAAAGCAAAGUGCGCGGAAGAAGAAGGUCGUGCGUAUUGCCGCAGGGAGAUAGGGAUAGAAGUUUUCCAGUCAUGGCUGACAAACUGAGGUUUGAUGGACGAGUCGCUGUGGUGACAGGUGCAGGAGCAGGUCUCGGUCGUGCUUACGCUCUUCUUUUUGCGGAAAGAGGUGCAUCUGUUGUCGUAAAUGACCUUGGUGGUGGUCGACAUGGUGAAGGUCAGAGUACAAAUGCAGCUGAUAGUGUUGUGCAGGAGAUUAAAAGAAAAGGUGGUGUUGCUGUAGCAGAUUACAAUUCAGUUGAAGAUGGACACAAGAUCAUUGACACAGCUCUCAAUAAUUUUGGCCGUGUGGACAUUGUUGUCAAUAAUGCUGGAAUUCUUAGAGACAAAUCAUUUGCACGAAUAAGUGACACAGACUGGGACUUGAUCCAAAGGGUUCAUCUGAAAGGAACUUUUAAAACUACUCAAGCAGCUUGGCCACAUUUUAGGAAACAGAAUUAUGGUCGAAUCAUAGUAACAGCAUCAAAUUCUGGGCUUUAUGGAAACUUUGGCCAAGCCAAUUACAGUGCAGCAAAAAUGGGUGUUGUUGGACUCAGUAACACACUUGCCAUUGAGGGAAGAAAAUACAACAUCCACUGUAAUGUCAUUGCUCCCACAGCAGCAUCCCGACUUACAGAAGAUAUUCUCCCUCCAGACUUUUUUGCAGAACUUCGCCCUGAAUUGAUUGCACCUGUUGUCGCGUGGCUGUGCCAUGAAGAGUGUGAAGAAACUGGUUCAAUUAUUGAAUCAGCAGCUGGUUGGGCAGGAAAAUGUCACUUAGUAAGAGGCAAGGGAGUCAUCCUUCGACAAAAGCUCACCGAUGAUGUGAUUUUGGAAACAGUGCGUGACAAGUGGCCUGAAGUUAUAGACAUGUCUGGAGCUCAGCGCCUUGAAUCUAUCCAGGAAGCAUCAGGCUCGUUAAUGACAGCCUUGGAGGAAAUGAAAGCAGGUGGAGCAGUGCCCACUGGACAGAAAUCAGUGUCUGGUCAGUACUCGUACACAAACAGGGACCUCAUCCUUUAUGCCCUUGGAAUUGGUGCGACAGUUACUGACCCGAGUGACCUCAAAUACCUGUAUGAACUACAUGAAGAUUUCGCAGCCAUCCCCUCGUUUUGGAUUCUCCCUGGCCAAGUUGCUAUGAUGGGAUCUGGUUUAAUUGGUGAUGUCGUUCCUGGUAAAGAGGUCGAUUUUUCUAAGGUCCUACAUGGAGAGCAAUAUCUGGAGGUCCUAAAACCUAUUUCUACUUCUGGAAAUCUUAAAUCAGUGGCAUAUGUUGCAGAUGUCCUGGAUAAAGGAUCAGGAGCAGUUAUUCUUGUAAACAUUGAGAGUUUUGAUGAAAGUGGUGAGAAGGUGGCACAAGGGCAGAUGGUUGUCUUUGCUGUUGGAUGUGGUGGUUUUGGAGGCAAGAGAUCGUCAGAUAAGCAGAUACCAGCACUGUCACACCCUAAUCGGUCACCAGAUGCAUCAUUGAGCCAGAAAACUAUUGAAGAUCAAGCUGCACUUUACAGGUUAUCUGGUGACUACAAUCCACUUCAUAUCGACCCCAAUAUGGCCGCACUUGGAGGUUUUGAUCGUCCAAUUCUUCACGGCCUCUGUUCACUGGGAUUUUCUGUGAGGCAUGUUUUAAAGAGAUUUGCCAACAAUGAUGCCAGUAAAUUCAAAUCUGUUAAGGCUCGUUUUUCAAAGCCUGUUAUUCCUGGUCAGACACUGCGAACAGAUAUGUGGCAGCAAGGAAAUCGUAUUUUCUUUGAAACUUCUGUUGUUGAAACAGGAAGUCCAGUAAUUUCAGGCGCCUAUAUCGACCUCGUGGAGACCCAAAAUGUUUACCCGAAUCGUGUCUCAGCUAAAGCACUGAAAUCUGAAGAGGUAUUUGAUGAAAUUGAAAAAAGAAUGAUGGCAAAUUUGGAUAAAGCAAAGAAAAUCAAUGGUGUGUUUUUGUACAAAAUAACACAAAAUGGCCAAGAAGCUGCAUCCUGGACUAUUGAUCUGAAAAAGGGUAAACUGUAUAAAGGAGAUCCACAAGGAACAAAAGCUGAUUGUACAAUCACCAUUGAAGAUCAAGAUUUGGUCGAUAUGGCAAAAGGAACACUCAACCCACAGGUUGCCUUCAUGAAGGGAAAAUUGAAAGUAAAAGGCAAUAUAAUGUUGAUGCAGAAGUUGCGUAGCCUGACAACAGAAGAAUCAAAAUUGUAAAUUUUUUGAAUAUGUUAUAUUUGUUAAGAAGUACAAAAUGAUAUUGCAUUUUUUGUUAACGUCAGGGGGGAACCAAUAUGGAAUGGGCAGUUUGAAUCAAAUAUAAAAGACAAUAUUCAACUUUAUAUGACUGAUCGAAAAUAAUGUAUUGAUGUAUGUGUAUUUUACAAAUAUAAAUAUUUUUAUAAUUGUUUUACAAA